AUGGAAGCAAGCACUGAUAUUGAGGCUGCAUCCCCGGAGAAUCUCGCUUUGAGACAGCGCGUGGCGAAUGACUACUUUUGGGGCGCUUUCGAGAAGAGCGACGGAUCUUUGGUCGGCUUUAUCUGCGGAACCUGUGCGGCUGGAACUUCUCUGACGCAUGAAUCCAUGGAGAAGCACAUUGAAGGAGGUGAGCUGCUGUGUAUUCAUUCGGUGGCGGUCCAGUUGAAGCUGCGCAGACGAGGAAUUGCCUUAGCUAUGAUGCGCGAGUACCUGAGGGCUGUUGCAUCCUUGCAUGCAGCUACAAACGGAGGCUCCUCGCCUCCGCGUGCCUGCACGCUUAUUGCUAAAGCCGGUCUGGUUUCUCUGUACGUGCAAGCUGGCUUUCGGCUGAUUGGGCUUUCGCCUGUUGUGCAUGGUGCCGAUCCUUGGUUCGAGCUUCAGGUGCCGGACAUUGUUCGUGAAGCAUGUGGCGAACCUAUGGUUCAGUGCGAUGCUUUUUCUGCCAUACCGUGCAGUGGCAAUUCAGCUGCCGUUGUGUUUUCGCACCGCAGUGGGGACGCAGCAUGGAUGCAGAAGGUGGCAACGGAAAACAAUUUAGCCGAGACCGCGUUUGUGGAGCUGCUGGAAAGCACGUCUGAGCCAACAGAGGAGCCGUGCCGCUACGCCUUGCGCUGGUUCACUCCGACUUGCGAGGUGGACUUGUGCGGCCACGCGACGCUGGGUGCCGCCCAUGCGCUCUGGAGCACUGGCCGUGCAAGUAAACGGCGGCGAAUUGAUUUCAGUACGAAGGUCUCAGGGACUUUGAGCUGCACGCUGUCCAAGAGCGGCUGGAUUGAAAUGGAUUUCCCGGCUGAUGUGCCUGAAAUGGCCAAUUCCUCAAGCUCGCUUCCAACGGCAGAGGCGCUGGGCAAGGCACUCGGGCUUGCCAGUGGAUCUGAUGUUCUUGCCACUGGCCGUGGCAAAUUUGACAUCCUGGUGGAGCUAUCGCCCGCUGCAUUUGAUCAGAUAAAGCCAGAUCAAGGCGCCCUUGCGCAGUUCGAAUGCCGGGGCGUCUGCGUGACAACGCAAGGCUGCGGAGGCUCUGAUGCCCAGCGUGCCGAGGCAGCAGCUGGUGGCCUGGUGGUGGACUUCAGGUCCCGCUUCUUCGGCCCACGUGCUGGAAUCCCUGAGGAUCCUGUGACAGGUUCAGCGCACUGCAUGCUGGCCCCCUACUGGAUGCAAAAGCUUGGGCGAGAAAAAGAUGGCGCUGCUGUCGUCGUCGGGUUUCAGGCUUCGCCUCGAGGAGGCAUUGUCAAGUGCGUGGUGCAAACCGCCGCUGGUCGAGUAACGCUUUCCGGCCCUGCAGUUACUACGCUGGAGGGAACCAUGUUCUGUGGCUAA